AUGUCGAUGGCAUCAUCAACUUUUGCCGCUCUGACAGCCGUCUUCACCCCGCCUCCGUUCUGUUCUGGUCGGUAUGCCGUCUUCAUCGGCACUCCGACGCCGCUGGGUGGUGCUCCGAGCACAAAUACACCUAGCAGCGGUUGGAUUGACCCGUCCUUCAGCACCUGCAAUCCGCCUCAGUACACCAAUACCUACCCGACUUUCAGUCCCGGCGUAUGCCCGUCCGGCAUGACAAUAGCCGCAUCAAGCUCUAAUAUUGAUGGGGCGAGGACGAUCUGGACAGGUGCUUGUUGCGAGAGUGGCUUCUCGCAGCUGGACACACAGUAUCUGUGCACAUCGAGCGUGACGACUCCCAUGGGAUUUCUACUUGACCCUAAUAUAUCCACCGCCGACGUCUUCACGACGCUAUCAAAUCUCAACAUUGAACAUGACCAGUUGGCGGUGCUCUGGGAAGAAACAGAUUUACCAGUCUUCCCGAACGAAGUAGCUGCGCAGUAUGCCUCCAUCAUGGGUGUCGAGGUGCCGACUUCAAGCCUAGACACGGACAAGGCUACAACAGAUGCUACACAAUCACCUGGUGCUUUCAUCACACCUCAGCCGACAUCAACACAGGCGAUUUCACAGAUCAGCGAGCAGAGCUCGGAAGUGUCUACCACUAGCGGCAAGUCACCAACAGUUGGUAGCUCCGCAGAAUCACACUCGACUGCGUUGGAUGUGACCAGCUUUGUUGCGAAAUCAUCUGCAUCCUCGUCUCAAAUGGGCACAUGGUUGAGCUGUGUAUUGAUACUGUUUGUGUGGAAGAUCAACGUCUUUUAG